AUGACUGUUCCUGUUAUGGUGCACGGACGUGUUCUCUGUGUGUUUUCCCUUGCGCUGCUCUGUGUGUCCGUCUCCGCCACGGCAGCCGAACAAGCAGUGGCAGUGGAGGCUGCAGAGGCUAAAGUUGAAACUGCGAACAACGAAAAAGAGGCGGCGAGAGUUUCAGCUGAGAAAGCAAUGUUGGCUGUGGAGAAGGCAAACACAACGAAGGUGAUGGCUGGAGUAGCCGUGCAGAAUACAAGUGCUUCUAUAAAAUUAGUCAAAGAAGCAAAAAAGGCAGUGGGGGAGGUCUUGGCACUCGCGCAGCAGGCAUUAAAGAUCCCAAAGGUGCCAGUGAGCAAUGUUCGUGCUGAAGGUGUUCCUGCUGUGGUUAAAAGCAAGGCUUGA